AUGGGGGAGCCGCCGGUGACUCCACAGAGUUUCCUCCGCAGAGCGCUAGGUCCUUUCCCUCGGGUCUUUGCUGCUGAAGCUGUGGACGCUGAUUCUGAGACCUCUGCGGAGGGACAGAACCUGUCUCUCUACGUCCCAGAAUCCCAAAUCUCGGAAUCCGGAUGGGACCAUCUCCGGGAGCUGUUUGUUAAAGAUGAACAGCAGAGAACAUCUGAAGAACUUCAGAAUAUUUAUAGGUCGGCAAUUUCAGCAGGCAUCAUUGGCUUUGUGUAUGGGGGAAUACCAGCUUUUAUUCAUGCUAAACAACGUUACAUUGAGCAGAACCAAGGAGAAAUUUAUCAUAACCGGUUUGAUGCUGUGCAAUCUGCUCAUCGUGCUGCCACACGAGGCUUCAUUCGGUAUGGCUGGCGCUGGAGCUGGAGAACUGCAAUGUUUGUGACUAUAUUCAACACAGUGAACACUGGUCUAAAUGUGUACCGAAAUAAAAAUGCCCUAAGCCAUUUUGUCAUUGCAGGAGCUGUCACAGGAAGUCUUUUCAGAAUCAAUUUAGGCCUUCGUGGUUUGGUGGCUGGUGGUAUAAUUGGAGCUUUGCUGGGCACUCCUAUAGGAAGCCUGCUGAUAAUGCUUCAGAAGUAUCAUGGUGAGACUGUUCAGGAGAGAAAACAGAAGGAUCGAAAGACACUUCAUGAGCUGAAACUGGAAGAUUGGAAGGCCAGACUACAUGUUACUGAGUUCGUCCAUGAAGAGAUUGAAAGUAGUUUACAGAAAAAUCAAUCUGAGAAUGAUGCUCAGAAAAUUGAAGCAUUGUUAAACCUUCCUAGAAACCCUUCAUCAACAGAUAAAGAAGACAAAGACUGAAACCACUCUGGAUUUGAAAAUAACUUGCAGAGUUGAAGGCAACUG